UAUCUCUCUCCUCCUAUUUACUUGCUAUUUUCUCUCUCUCUGCGCUCUCGCUCUCCUCGAAUGGUCUUUUUCUCUGUCCUCGUCAAUCUCAAUUCCAUCGAUGGCGGAGCAAGAGCAGAGCUCAUCCCAAACCGAGGGGCCGCUGAGGCCAUCGAGAGCUGCGGUGUCAGAGAUCUGGAGAAGGGUCUGGGUUUAUCUCAGACUCACAAGUUCACCCGCAGAGUUGGGGCUUCUGAGGUAUUUGUGAAGAGGUUAGAUCGCUAUGGAAAGCUAAACGGUCAUAAGGGUUGUGUAAACACGGUACAUUUCAACCCUAGUGGUGAUCUUCUUGUUUCUGGAUCUGAUGACAAAGAUGUUAUUAUUUGGGACUGGGCAGCCAAAACCAAGAGUUGCACAUUUUCUUCUGGUCAUUCUGAUAAUAUCUUCCAAGCCCGAAUCAUGCCAUUCACUGAUGAUCGAACCAUAAUAACUUCUGGCGCUGAUGGGCAGGUUAGACUUGCUCAAAUUUCAGAGAAGGGCAACGUCAGCACCAAAAGGCUCGGCAGUCAUCGUGGUCGUGCACACAAGCUUGCCAUUGAGCCUGGAAGUCCGUACAUAUUUUACAGCUGUGGCGAGGAUGGCCUCGUGCAGCAUUUCGAUUUGCGGCAUAGGCCCCCUACGAAGCUCUUCAUAUGUUCUUCUUUCUCAGAGGAUAAAAUUCCCGUCCGACUUAAUUCAAUCAUCGUUGACCCAAGAAACCCCAAUUAUUUUGCUGUAGGAGGAUCUGAUGAAUACGCCCGAGUCUACGACAUUAGACGAUACCAAUCUGAUGCUUCCAUUGGUUCGGACUUUCCUGUGGACACUUUUGCCCCUCACCACUUAAUUGGUUCUGAUAAUGUGCACAUCACUGCAUUAGCUUAUUCUAUCAGAAGUGAGUUGCUCGUCUCCUACAAUGAUGAACUCAUCUACUUAUUUGAGAAAGAAAUGGGGAGGGGCUCAUCUCCUCUUGAGAAUUCACAGGAGUUGAGUGAGCCACAAGCUUACUCUGGUCAUAGAAAUUCUCAAACGGUUAAAGGGGUAAAUUUCUUUGGACCCAGUGAUGAGUAUGUUGUUAGUGGGUCAGAUUGUGGUCAUGUUUACAUAUGGAAGAAGGGAGGAGAGCUUGUUAGGAUGAUGGCGGGUGAUAAAAACAUUGUGAAUUGUGUAGAGCCUCAUCCAUAUUUUCCUUUUCUCGCUACUAGUGGGUUUGAUAAAAGUGUAAAGGUUUGGGCUCCUAUAGCCAAGAAAUUGGCCCCAUUGCCAGAAAAUGCGGAAGAGAUAAUAGCAGCUAAUAAGAAGGGCAGAGAAGCUCGUGCAAGGAUAACUCUCACUCCUGAGGUGAUAAUGCAUGUACUUAGGCUACAGAGAAGGCAAGGUUUGGCUUACGUCGAGAGGAGACCUACAGCCUCAGAUUUUGACAGCGAUGGUGAUGGCGAAAGAGAAGGGUUCGUUCUAAGAUUCGCUGAUGGGGAUGAUGGUUCAGAUGAAGGUUCAACCGGUGAUCCUCGAGAGUGUAACAUUUCUUAGUAUUACAAUUGUAUAUGUAGUUUAUAUAUGUUUUAAGGGAUUAGCUCAAGAAUUAGUUGAAAGUAACAUUAAAAUAAUGGGAGAGAAAUCUCAGCAUUAACUUGUGGAGUUUUUCAUGCUCAACGGAUGAACAUAUGUACAGGUAUAUACAUAAAGUUGAACUCCAAGAAGUCAAUUUGUUUUAUUGCA